GCCCGGGCCCGGUACGCUUGUCCCCCCUGUCCCCCCCUGAUGGCGGCCCUGCGUGUGUGUGGCUAAUAAUGUGUGGCUCCUUGUUUGGUUGUAAGUGCCUCUGUGUGCUGCACUUAAUAUGGAUUGUACUCCUGCCCUAUGAAUAAAAGAUGUGGCCAAGGACUUCAAUGGCCAUUUUGUACCAAUUGAUUCCCCUUUUUAUGACCCUUCCUGGGCCAGUCCCCACCCACGUGAACUACAGGAGCAGAGCGCAGGAGCUCCUUGGAGCCCAUACCAGUGGCCUCUCAGUGUUGCUGUGACAGAUAAAGAGGCGGCGUUGCUUGGCAAUCUUUCAGCCAUGGGCAUCAAUAGGCAGCACAGAGGUGGCAUUUAGCAUAAACCAGUCAGUGUUCUGGAUCAGAACUUGUUAGAGAAAGUGAGCUAUUGCCCAGAUCAUUGCUAGCACUAGCAGUAAAGAUUAAUUUGUUGGUUUAAUGUAGGACACAACAGUGAGGAGAUCUCUGCUGUGUUUACUAAUCAUAUGCAGAAUAAAGUAGCCUUUAUAUCUAACAGGUGUAUAUAUGCCAUGACUGAGAUCCAGCUGUGCUUAUGUCAGUCUGGCUUCAUAGUAUAGGACAGAGCUAUUCAAGGACUUCCAUAACUGGGGCCAGUUAGCUGUUUAGCAGGUGUUCUUAACCUGUGGGUCACCAUGAGCUUUCAGAUAAGUCAACAAGAGCCCCUGUAACCCAGCAAAUGUUUCCUUCGAAAUAUAUAAAUUAACCAUUAAAAGGUGAUGCAUAAUUAUAAACAGAAUAUGUGUCCCAUAUGUAUCUGUGCUGUCCAUAACUUGCCAUGGUGUUGGUGGUGUCGUUAUACCAUGGUGAUGGUAUUGGUAUCAUAACAUGUGUGUGGCAAGCAUGAGUUCAUGGUUUAGAGGAAAUUCUGUGCACAACCAGCCAUGGGUAUAAUACAGAGACACCUGACCCAGUUAGAGGGGCCUAGGGGAGCCAAAGGACCAUGUGUCAAUGUAGUUUAGCUGUGCAAAAUAGGGGAAAUCCUUUUUCUGUCACUGCCCAAAUAUGUGUACACACUGUAGGUAGAGGCAUGCACAUGUAUAUUAUAAUGUUUCCCAAUGGGCAAGAUGUACAAGGCAAUCAAAAUAAAAGGAGAUCUUUCUCCUUUCCCGUAUUAGAUUAAAGGACUCUUUUGAACAGCAGCAUGUGUAUGCAGUUUAAUAUAGGUCCAUAGAAUAAUUGAGCAUGUGAUGAAUUAUUUAUUACCAUUUCUUGCAGCCUUUCACACACCGAAUACACAAAUAAUGGCUCAAAAUCCUUGUACAUUUAAGUGCCUGACACACAUGGCAGAUUCCUCAUACAUGUAAUGUAAUGCAUAUGUGAUUUGACAUUUUAUUAUAUUACAACGUAAAGGAUAAUUAUAACAUUAUUGCCAAACAUUGUGCCUGUUAUGUGCCAAAUGAUGUUAUACAAAUAUGGCUGGGGCAUGGGGGCUAUAAAAAAUCACUUGGCAGUCUCCAACUGCCCCUAAGGCUCUAGACUGGACAACCGUGCAAGUCAUGACUGUUAAACAAACAUUAAUUUCUUCAAAACUGCUACUCCCAGUAGCCCUCUGCUGCCUUAGGGUGAUGACACACAGUACCAGAAAAUACCCUGCUACAGACAAUACUGAGCAUUGGCUCUGCAAAAACGCUCAAUUUGCACAAUCGCUCAAAAUGCAUACAAAGGCAUAUUUGAGCAAUUAUGUAACUUGAGUGUUUUAGCAGACAAUUGUCAGUAUAUAUUGUCAGUAUAUUUUCUGACGUUUUGUAGCUGCACCAAAUCAUGGGCGACAAAUAGCACCAUGUGUCAUCGUCCUUAGGCUUUUACGUAAUGCUGAGAAUUGUAGUGUGCAACAUCUGGAUGGUUAUUGUCCAUUACCUUAAAUGUACACAUUAUAUAUAUAUAUUAUAUUGAUGACCCUCUUAUCUUCCUCUUCACCACUGCUUCUCUUAAUGCUAAUCUCUCCCUUGCGUUUCUGACUUUAUUUUUUCACAGCUGUCCUUUAAUGACCUCUCUUUUUCCAGCCCUCCAUUUCUCUCUCCUGCACAUUCUUGCUGCUCUCCCUGCCUCUCCCGUGUCACCAUCUCACGCCAUUCUGAUAAAUCCACAGAAAGCUGUGGGUUAUUUUUGGAGCCGUUAUUUGGAGGUGUCAUGGAGAGGACACCAGUAACAUAGAUAAGGAGAAUAGCUCACACAAAGGUUCUAUGCAUUCCCCAUAUGGCUUGAACAUAAUGGGAUUUACUGAGGGUUAUUCUGUAUCUGAUACAAUUCUCAGAAUUUUGUACAUUUAUUUUGUUUUUAUAAUCCUCCAUAGGAAAAUAUUUAACAUUACAUGUACUGUAUAUGGUUUUUCCUCAGAUGGAUUCACCUGUACCUUAUUCUGAUCAAUGUGUGUUUGUUGCUCUGCCCUCACCUGAGAUCCCUCCCAGACCCACUACUUUAUCAUCUCCCCGACUUAGCCCCGCAGGCUCUGGAAGGUCCCAGCCUGAAGGAUCCAGUAGCUUCCAAACUCCCCUCACAGUGGUACAGCUCUCCACCCGUCCUUUACCUGUUGGCUUUUCUGCCCCUGACCGAUCCCAACCAGAAGGAUCUCAGAGGCUCCAUCCUUUAGGAUCCCCAAUAAAUGUAAGAGUGGAUUCUGGCAGAUCACAGCCUGAGGGAUCCUGUCCUAGUCUCUUGUCCCCAACCCGGCAGUACCCACCAUUGCCUCCACCUCCAUCCUCUCCUCAUCGCUCUCCUAUCACAAGUCCCAGAGGAUCUCGUGAAGUCCCCAGGCCACGACACAGAGCACACACUUCUAAGUCCCACGAGCAGCAUCCACCACCUGAUUGCAUUCGUCCAUCACAAGCAGAAACUGAGAUAUCCCAAGGGGAAGGUACAUUGGAUGGAGCAGGGAAGGACUUCAGGAUAUAUUUUAUCACAUGGAACGUUGGAUGUGCUGUGCCACCUUCAGACCUCACCUCCCUCCUGUGUCUCAAUGCUAGAGAUGAUAAAAUUGACAUGUUUGUUAUUGGGCUGCAGGAGGUCAAUUCUAUGAUCAAUAAACGCCUGAAAGAUGCUCUGUUCUCAGAUCAGUGGAGUGAGGUCUUUAUGGAUGUCCUCAGUCCUUUCAGCUAUGUACUGGUCAGCUCGGUGAGAAUGCAAGGUUGUCUAUUGUUGGUGUUUUCAAAGUAUUUCCAUUUGCCUUUCCUCCGGGACAUACAGACAGACUGCACAAGGACGGGCCUCGGAGGAUAUUGGGGUAACAAGGGCGGAGUCAGCAUUCAAUUGUCUCUUUUUGGUCACAUGGUAUGCUUUCUUAAUUUCCAUUUACCGGCUCAUAUGGAGAAUACCGAUCAGCGUGUGGAUAAUUUUGAAAGCAUCUUGCAUCUUCAGCAGUUCCAGGGACCACUGGCUAAUGGUGUUCUGGACCAUGACUUGGUGUUCUGGUUUGGAGAUCUUAAUUUCCGAAUAGAGGAUCUGGAUUUGCAUUUUGUGAAAUCUGCCAUCCAAGGCAACAAGCUGGCUCUACUCUGGGAGAAGGACCAAUUAAACAUAGCAAAAAUCUUCAAGCCAGUGCUUAAUGGAUUCAUGGAGGGUCCUCUGACUUUUCCUCCCACAUACAAGUUUGAUGUAGGGACCAACACCUAUGACACAAGCUCUAAGAAGAGAAAGCCGGCCUGGACAGAUCGCAUUCUAUGGAAAAUGAAAAGUCCAAUCCCUCAAACAACCCCUCCUGCCAAACAACAAGGCAUGAUCAGCACACGGUCUAAAGAAUUAGCAGUGACCUUACUCAGUUAUGGAAGCCACGUGCAGUAUACAGAGAGUGACCAUAAGCCUGUAUCUGCUAUAUUCUCACUGCAGUACUCCUCCUGUAUUGUUGCUCCUCUGGUCCAAAUGUUGGUGCAUGAUGAGUGGUUGCAGCCUGAUGAUGCCCAUGUCAUCUAUCGAUGGUCUCCGGCAUAUAUGAAGAGUUCCUGGGAUUGGAUUGGACUUUAUAGUGUGGGAUUUAGACAUCACAAAGAUUAUGUCUCUUAUGUGUGGGCAAAAUCUGACGAAGAAACAGAGAGAGGGCAAUACCAGCAUGAGAUCUGUUUGCCCGACUCAGAGGCAGGUUCUUCCUCUGACAGUUCAGAUUCCAGUUCAGAAGAGGAAGAUAGCACUCAUAUUCUUCUUCGACCGAAGUCCCGUAGCCCCAGUCCAGCUAGUGCACGUUCACCUCGGAGCAGGAGUCCAGCUUUGGCUCGUCUCCACGAUCUCAUCCUUCCCAACACUUCCAGCCAGAAGAGCCGCAGUCCCUCCCCUAAAAGGACCAAGAGCCCCAAACAUGACAGGGCCCAGAGAUCUCGGUCCAGGGAAACUACUCGUCAUAGCAAGGGUAAAAGAGUAGAAAGCCCCCAUGUGCUCCAGGCUAUAACUGUGCCUAUCAUGAGUCCAGCAGCUGUAGGCCAAGGCUCUAAUCCCCAGGCCACAAUAUGUCCCUCCCCCAGUUCUCCAAAGCCACAAUUAAAGCUUCAGUCCUCCUCUACCCAAUGUCACAGAGACUCACAUAGUUCAACAAAGAGGCAAGAGCUGCUGUAAACCGGGUAUCCCUUCCACAAAUUAUUUGCACUAUUGUGACAUUUUAAGGCAUUAACUGGAAACUGGAGAAACAGAUCCUUUAUAUAUGUGGAAGUGGAAAAAUUGAGAAAAACAUUGACCACAAGUUUGUUUAAAGUCUACAUUGCCUUUGUUAUUGGGGCAGCCAAAUAAUGCACAUUCCAUCUUAUCUAAAAUAAUGGAAAAAUGAAAAGGGAUAGACACAAUUCUAUUUUUGCAAGCCCGUGGCCAUAUCUCAGUCUGCAGUUAAUAUAUAUAGUUAAAAUUUCUGUUUCCCUAAAAUGUUUUUGGUUGUAUGCCACUUUCAAUGCAUUCAUCAGAUUGUCUUGUAGGGCUGUUGUAUGCUUUUCUCAGUUUUGCAGGAUUUUCUCUUUAACAUAUUAGGCAAGAGCAGAAGAUAAUCUUAAGAGUAUGAACCAGCUGAACAGGUAUAUUUAGUAGCACAUUUAUUACUUUAUAUGUAUAGACACAAUAGGGACAGUUUCUAUACAGGGAUGUAUUGUGGGAACUUGCAGCUGUUAUUCUGUAAAAUGAGGCAUUCUCUAGCCUAGAUACUUAUCAGAUUGACAUUUUAUAGCUACUGUCCAUGCUUCUCUAGUAAGCACAUAUAUUUCCAUGUAACCAUGUUAACAAUCACACUGCUUGACCCAUGACUUUCAAGUGGCCUCAGUCCCUUUCAUAGAGACCCAUUCAUAUUGAAUAAUAACUAAAUCAAUAUACUGAGUAAUAUCUGGAGCAGAUGCUUGUUGUAAUAAAGCUCCCAU